UCUCCGCCCAUUAAAGGCGCUGAGAGGUCACUUGGUGCUGAGGUGCAGGAAAUGGGAAAUCUGAAUCUCUCCUGCGCCUUGUCUCCGGUAUCAUUUUUUCUUCCGAAGCUCCUCCUUCAGCGUCUGUGUCCUGAUCUUUACUCCUUGCAUCCUAGAUCUUCUUUCUGUAUUACAUGAUGGAGGGACAACAUAUAAUGGCUCAGGUGCAUAUACAGACCCCAAUCUCUUCCUCGUCGUCAUCGUCGUCUGUGGCUGGGGAAGAAUCCAGGAGGAUGCUGAAUCCAGCACGAGUGGCAGCCCGGGAGAGAAUGGUGGGAGGCCGUUUGUUGGACAGUCAUAGCUUGGAUGGGAUAAGCCAAGUGUAUGGAGCAGCCAAAGUUCAGGAAGGUAGGAGGGCCACCAUAUCCAGUGCCCUGGAGCUAGAAGGGACAGUGAGCCAUGAUGGGGACCUGACUCAUUUUGUGGCCAAUAACCUGCAAAUGAAGAUCAAGAUGAGCUCCCGGGGCAGUCUGGAUGACACAGAACCCCCCUCCUUGUCAGUGUCAUCACAACUGCCUGUUAGGGGCAAAACUGCAGACAUACCUCCAAUUGACCCACAGGUGAUUAGCGAUCUGGAAAGGGUCACUAGGGAUGUGGCGCAGAAAGUGGACCAGAUGUUAAGAGCUUUGAACAGCGCUAUCCAGAACAUGACAGCCCUCAGCGUGGGGUACAUCCAGACUUACCGGGAUGCUGUGGACAGCUUGGGUGAAUCAGUGGACAUGAGCAUCAAAGGAAUGUAUACUCUGAUGGCAAGGUGUGAGGAGUUGGACCGCUCCAUGCAACCUGUCCAUACCCUUGCUAAACAGAUUCGGGAGAUCAAGAGGACCCUGGAGAUCUUUGAGGCACUUUGCAAGUAGUGCCUCUUUCAGAAGAACUAAUUAACUCAUUCAGUAGUGGCGAGUGAAGCAGGAGCGGAUACCUGAUCUACUGAGUCAUACUCAAAAAGGGAAAAGUGUGGGUGUUUUGCUUGCACUAUAAUAAAUGAAUUAUGGCUGUGUUUCUCAAACAUUAUGAACUCUUGUCCCAUUUUAAAUUUACCAAACCUUACCUCAUACACCCAAACUCUAGAAACCUCAUUGGGGGCCUACCUGCCUGCCAUUUACAACCCUUGAACCCUUCCUCACCCACUAAAAGUCCAACAUCCAUCUGUGCUGCUUCAACCCCAGAUAAGACCCUACACCUCCUCUCCUAGUGCUACUUUAUCUUCAGCCUAAGGUAGCUGAUGAGACCCACAACCCCACUUCUCUCAUCAGUCCAGAGGAGUUAUGACUCAUGAGUUGGGAAAAGCAGACUGGACUAUUUCUGGGCUAGUUACCAGUAGGAUAUGCAUCUAAAAAAGCAGGAGUUCAUCAUGAGUGUUUUGUUCAAGCUGACUCACUGAUGUUGGGUCUCAAAAUCUGUUUCAAAAAAGUCAGGUCAUAGGAUCUGAAUUCCCACAAGGUGUACUAAGUAGAAUUAAUUUGUGUCUCAUACAUACAGAGUGGUUGUAGAGUGUCUUUUCCUGACUUGAUAAGUUCUUGCAGCCACUCACAAUGCAUCUUGGAUUAGGGGAACAGGGCUAUCAAGGGCAUUGUGAUUAUAAGAAAGCUGUGAGAGCCAAAAUGUAUUUACCAUACAUUGUUUCUUAUACUCUUAAAUGUUCAUCUGUGUACACUUCCCAAAUAAUAACUUACAAACCUGAAAGAAUGUUCCAAAUAGAGUGCUUACUUGGUCUCAAAUGCAGGUGCAAGCAUAUUAUAAACCAGGGCUGGGAAACCUUUUUUUAUCCAGGACCAUUGACCCACAGCCAAAACCAAAUCUGGGGACACACACAAUAAUUAAUUGAUUGCACUAUGUUAAUUGUACAAUGAAUACCAUAAAUAAGUAAGAAUACUGAAAUGCCCAGAAAUAUAGUGUUGGAGGGCUGCCAUCUUCUGAAGCUUCUGGGUACUUAGGUUGGGAUCCACUUACUAACAGGAAUAAUACUAUAACUAUCCCUGAAAAAGGAGGAGGUAAAGGCCUGCCCAUCUUAUAUAACCCUUGAGCCUCUCCUUCCCCCCACCCACCUCCUUUCAAGGAUCAUUUCCAUUGAAGCAGGAAAGACAGGUUGGGGAGGUUUGGAAGCUGCAGCUUCAAGAUGCUAGAAGCCCAACCAAUCAUUCUUCUUGCUGGCCCUUCUCUUGGUAGAGGACUGGGGGUGUUGGACACUGCUGCAUGAAGAUGCUUGGAGCACCUUCUAGUGCCCAACUGACCACUUUCUGAUCUGGCCCUUUGGGGGGGAGGAGGAAGAAAGGAGCUUUCUGAUAAUGCCAAAGGGCUGGAAGAAGUUAAGGGGGGCUGUAUCCCACCCUUGAGCUGGAGAUACUGCACCCUGUCAUAGACAAAAGGCACUUGACACAUAAAUAUGGAACAGUUUUGCUAGCAGAAAAAUGGUAGAAGCUCAGUACCACAUAAGAUUUCUGACAUGUUUCAAAAGAUCUAAGUGAGAGGCUCCAUGGGGGGGGGGGAACUUAUCAUAAUAUUAGCAUCAACACCGUCAGUGAAAAUAGGACAUGCUUCCUACCAACUGAGAGAGUGGCUAGAUUAAUUCUGUAUGAUGGACUAUCUCAAUAUGGCCACUGUAAAGGAGGAUCUCAUAACUUGCUUCAAAACCU